ACAGACGUGUCUGGUUCUUCACCUGUUUGGUCCUCGGUGGCUCGAUAGUAGCUCUCUGGCCGGUCCAUAUCCCGUCAUUCUUUCUAAAGCUAACCGUCUCUUCGGUGUCCCUGCCUGUGUGGCUAAUCUCAUUUGAUCCAUUUCUUCAGCAGCCACGGAUACGGGCCGAACUCGAGAUAUCCUUUCUGCUCCAUUAACCUGCUUGUGGCCAAAGUUAACCGCCCACCCAGCCCCCCUCCCCAAUUCCUCGUACCUCACGACCCUCGGUUCCUUCGAUAAACAACCUGCCUUUCCAGCCAUCAUUUCCGGGUCUAUAUCAAUUGGCGAACCUCGGCGAACCCAGCUGCCUACGCGGCAAAACUGACCGGCAACAUGGCGACUGCCCAAGCAGCAAAUGAGCUCAAGCAGCAGGGCGCAAUGGAAGCUUCGCGCGAUCCCGCCAGCUCUGUCACGGCUGAUGACGCCCAAAAGACCAUUGUCGAGGAAAGCAAGAAUGCAGGAGUCGUCGCGUUUAACUUCGAUCCUGACGACAGCCCGGAAGCCAAGAAGGCCAAAGUCAAAGCUGCGGUCCCCCGGGGCUUCCAUAGCAAAAGGCCCAAGGGCAUAGCUAUCGCGACCGACCUCGACAAUGACUCCAAGCCCACCUACGAUCUCCCUAGCCCCUCUAAGGCAGGCGUAAUUGAGGUGGCUAAAGGUCCCGACGGGAAACCGGUCGAGGAUGAAGCAGUCCCCAACGAAAACGGAUUUGUGAUGGGAGAGGAUACCACUGGCUGGGCCCCAAGAUUCGGCUGGCCGACUGAGUCCACGCAAGCGGGAGAGAGCUUGCUGGACCACGCCACCUGGCUCGAGGGCGUUCUUCCAGACAAGCUCUAUGGAGAUUGGUAUCACAAUGCCGCCAUCAUCAUCUUUGCCUGCCUUUCGUCCUGGUUGGUGGCUGUCCUCGGCGGCGGUAUUUCCUGGGUCUUCAUCCUCAUGGCAGUCUGCUCGACCUACUACAGGACCUCUAUCCGGCGAGUGCGACGGAACUUCCGCGACGAUGUCGUGCGUGAGCUGGCAGUCAAGAAGAUAGAGACAGAUACUGAAUCUCUGGAAUGGAUCAACUCCUUCAUGCUCAAGUUCUGGCCUAUAUAUCAGCCCGUGCUUGCACAGACGGUGGUAAACGCGGUCGAUCAGGUCCUGAGCGGGGCAACGCCCGCCUUCUUGGACAGCUUGAAGCUCAAGACCUUCACCCUCGGCUCUAAGCCGCCUAGGAUGGAGCACGUCAGGACAUACCCAAAAGCGGAAGACGAUAUCGUCAUGAUGGACUGGAAGUUUAGCUUCACGCCCAACGACACUGCCGAUCUGACCACUCGCCAGAUUAAGAACAAGGUGAACCCCAAGGUCGUUCUGGAGAUCCGAGUCGGCAAGGCCAUGAUCAGCAAGGGCCUUGACGUGAUUGUCGAAGACAUGGCCUUCUCUGGCAUAAUGCGACUCAAGGUGAAGCUGCAAAUCCCCUUCCCUCAUGUUGAAAAGGUCGAGAUGUGCUUCCUCGAGAAGCCCACUAUCGACUACGUCUGCAAGCCUCUCGGCGGCGAGACUUUCGGAUUCGACAUCAACUUCAUCCCUGGCCUCGAGAGGUUCAUCCUCGAGCAGAUUCAUGGCAACCUCGCGCCGAUGAUGUACGCCCCUAACGUCUUCCCGAUUGAGGUCGCGAAGAUGCUUGCCGGCACUCCUGUUGACCAGGCCAUCGGUGUCGUGGCCAUCACACUCCAUGGGGCUCGGGGCUUGAAAAAUCCCGACAAACUCUCCGGCUCCGUCGAUCCUUAUGCUGUUGUCACGCUGAACAGAAGGCAGCCGCUUGCCCAGACGAAGGUGAUCAGGGACACGCAUAAUCCUCGAUGGAAUGAGACGCACUAUGUCAUUGUCACUUCGUUCACCGACUCUCUCGACGUCGAAGUCAUCGACUUCAAUGACUUCAGGAAGGACAAAGAGCUAGGCAUCGCUUCUUUCCCUCUCGAGAAUCUCGAGGAGAUCAACGAAUACGAGAACGAGCACCUGGAGAUACUCUCAGCUGGCAAGGCCCGAGGCGUCUUGUUGUGCGACAUUCGUUUCUUCCCAGUUCUGGAAACCAAGAAGCUCCAGGACGGCAGGGACGAGCCGCCACCCGAGUCCAACACCGGUAUUCUCAGAUUCACGGUCGAGCAGGCCAAGGACCUGGAUGGCACCAAGAGCCUGGUCGGCCUCCUCAAUCCAUAUGCCGCCCUGCUCUUGAAUGGCAAAGAGGUACAUACCACCAAGAAGCUCAAGCGGACAAACAACCCUAUAUGGGAUAACGGUUCCAAAGAGAUCCUCAUCACGGAUCGCAAGCGUGCCAAGCUCGGCGUGGCUGUCAAGGACGACCGUGACAUUACCGGCGACCAGGUUCUUGGAAACUAUCAGAUCAAGCUUGAUGACAUGCUUGAUCUCGUGGAGAAGGGCCAGGACUGGUAUAAUCUCGCCGGGGCCAAGACAGGCCGUGUGAAGAUGCAGGCGCAAUGGAAACCAGUGGCCAUCUCACGCAUCAUGGGAGGCACAGGAGGCUACGUCACACCCAUCGGAGUCAUCCGGCUACACCUAAAGAGUGCUAAAGAGUUGCGAAACUUCGAAACUAUUGGCAAGUCCGAUCCAUAUGUGCGGGUCCUUCUCUCGGGCCUUGAGAGGGGCCGUACUGUGACGUUCCGAAACAACCUCAACCCGGAAUGGGACGAGGUCCUUUACGUGCCGGUUCAUUCUGCUCGAGACCGGUUGCAGCUGGAGGUGAUGGAUGCCGAGAAGGUUGGACACGAUCGCAGCUUGGGCUUGGUGGAGCUCUUUGCUGGCGAUUAUAUCCUCCAAGACGAGUCCGGAGAGCACCUCGUACACGACGAGAAGACACUGCGCCAGGACGGCCUUCGGCUUCACGGUAAAGGCAUUGAGAAGGGCACUCUGAACUACACCGUGGCCUUCUACCCUACCCUGAACAUCGCCGAUCCGGAAGACGAGGAGGAAGCGCCAUCUUCCGCGCCCAAGAAGUCUCUCGAGGUUCCUCACCCCCCGGAAGACAAGAACGGCCGCGAUAGUGACCUGAACCUUGCAGCCUCACCGAAGACACCACUCAGCCCCGUAUCCAUGACGUCUACGCGCAGGUCUCGCGAUGAGAAGCACCCCCCGAAGAUCCAUCUAACGCCCCAGGAACUCCUAAAAUACGAAUCUGGGCUUGUGAUUUUUAGACUCAUGGAGGCAGAAGUACCAAAGGCGAACACGCGGAUCCACGUGUUUGUCGAUGACAUGGCAUACCCAUCAUACACUUCGACGACCGCGAGGGGCAAGAGCCACACGUUCGACGAAAUCGGCGAUUGUUUCAUCCGAGAACUCGACUUCUCCAGGUUGACCCUCCAAGUCCGUGAGAGGAAUGAGGAUCACGGGGAAGGAGGCGACCGGGAGCACACAUUAGCUCGACUGACGGGCAACACCCUGGACACCCUCAAGCAAUGCCUGAACAACCCGACAGUACUCAAGAUGAAGGACGAUGAGGGGAAGAUUUCGUGGGUCAAGGUCAGCCUCAAGUAUAUCCCCGUCAAGAUGCAGCUUGACCCAAGCGAGAGCAUCAACAACAUGGGCAACCUCCGGGUCGAUGUCUUGGAUGCCCAGGAUCUCCCGGCUGCCGAUUCCAACGGAAAGAGCGAUCCCUAUGUCAAAUUUGAACUCGACGGGCAAGACGUGUUCAAGACAAAGGUCCAAAAACGGACCCUGCAACCGGCCUGGAACGAGUUCUUCGAAGUGCAAGUGCACUCUCGAACGGGCGCCCACUUCAAGGCUACUGUCUGGGAUUGGGAUUUUGCCGACAAACCAGACCGUCUGGGGAGCACGGGCAUCGAUCUCGCGGCAAUAGAACCAUUCAAGGCACAUGAAGUGAGACUUCCCCUCGACGGCAAGUCUGGUAACCUCAGAAUACGUCUCCUAUUUCGCCCGGAUUAUGUCACACGAGCUGGGCAAGGCACAUCAACCUUUUCGGGAACAUUCGCGACGCCGGGAAAGAUUGUCACUGGCGUUGCGGGUGCUCCCAUCAAGGGAGGAGUGGCCGUUGCCGGGGUCAUGGGCCAUGGGGUUGGCAAAGGCGCCUCGUUCAUCAAGCGUGGCUUCACGAGCCUGCUGGACAAGGACAAAGACAAUGGCGGCUUGACUCCGACCACAAGCUCCGCCGACAUACCUACAAUCACCACUAAUGGCGCCGACCCUACUGCCCCCGGCAUGGGACUCAAGCGCUCCGCGGGACUUGGCGCCGCUGCAGUUAUCGAUCCGACCUUGCCGGGAGAGUCGACACCUCCAGGGCCCGCGAACGGACGCGUCAUGGAACAUUCUCGCACAAAGAGUGUGGGCGGUUCCUCCGUGCGCAGUGCUCUAGUUUCGGGGGCGUCGUCGGGCACAGCGAGCUUCUCUAUCGUCUCGGCAUCGGGGUUCCCGUCCUCAUCAGACGUGUACGUCGUUCUCAGUCAGGUUAAGGAUGGCAGGUCGAAGAUAGUGGGCAAGACCAAGCACCAUAAGGCGCACGACGGAGUGUUCAAGUUCGACGAGACCUUCAAGAUCUUAUGCUCGCCCGAGUCUCCGUUCAAGGUCGAAGCUAAGGAGAGCCACACCUUCAAGAGCGAUGAAGACCUCGGUGAAGGAUUAUACUUUGUGGACGAGUCGAAUUCGGGGCAGGGGAAGGAGGUCACGGUCGGCAGUGGCAGUGUGCUCAUCAAUAGCUCCUUCAAGCCUACCGAGACACUUGCACCGACCACGGAGAGCCCAAAGUCCGGACUGAGAAGGAGCUUCUUGAGCAAGAGGGACGCCAAGGUUGCGAGCCGAGAGACGACGCCCGCUUAACCCCAUUUUCCGCCCUAAUUUUCUGUUCCCUUUUCCAUUUUCUCUCUCGUGCUCUCUUUCUUUUGUUUUUAUCUCGGAGGAGGAGGCGUGGCUAUGGCGGCACCAAGGGCGGAUUGAAGAUAGUUUAAAGAUGGGGUCCAGUUAUCGAAGCCGAUUCAAGGCAUUCCUGCUCUCUCCUCAUUAUUAUGGCCUGGCAGCAUCUUCCACUGACUUGGAUUAUCUCCUUGCUAUCGAUCAUAGCCACGGAAAUCUUUUUAUAGCCUUCCUUUUCCUCGUUUCCCUUUCCCUCUUCUUCCUUUUCGAUACUUGCUUGGGUGGGUUGCUUGGACGGCAGGGCAAGGUAAAAUGGAAAAAGACACUAUGUAAUGGAAGUGGUAACAAAUGCCUAGGACUACCUGAUCUUCCUCUUAUUAGUUGAUUCGGUUGAAGCCCUGAUAAUUAAAAUACAAGAACAUAUGGAAUCGA